CGCUUUCUUUUCCGGAGAGCCAGUAGGUUGGCCAGGAAGUGGAAAGAGAGGGAUUCAGGUGGUGGACUGGUGGUGGUGGUGGUGGUACGCCAUGGUUAGUCAAGGCAAGAAUAACCGUGUACGGUAGUAUUCGGUAAAUACUAUAGUGUAGCAGACGUGUCGGGUCAAAAUGGCGCUACUGCGAAUGAGAAAUGCACAGGGUCCCAAUGCUACUGAGAUAGAGAAGAAAAUUAAAAGAGGUAAUGCACUGCGCCAGGGAUCUGCAUGGAGGGGCUCCCGGUGGCUUGUGGCCUUGCUGCUGGUGGUUCUGUGUGCGUGCGGGGGUGCCUUGUGGCUGUUCCUAACCUCUCUGGACGGUGACGUCACGGAAACACUAGUCCGCCAGGGUGAGCUGGUGUCUCCCCAGCCCAGAGUCUACACCGUCCAGUGCUCGGAAGACUACGAGAACUACAAACGCUAUCCAGGAUGCACCCCUGUGAAGUGUGGCCGUGCGGUCACAGACAGCGUGGUGACGAGGGAGGAAGCCCAGGUCCUCAGGAGGCUGGCGGAGAGAGGGCUGGCGCUGGCCGGGUCAGACGGAGGAGCUUCCAUACUGGACCUGCACUCUGGAGCGUUGUCCAUGGGUAAACAGUUUGUCAACAUCUACAGGUAUUUUGGAGAUCAGAUCGAGGAUGUGUUCACGCAGGAGGAUUUCCAGCUUUACAGAAACGUCCGAGAGCGGAUCCAGGCAGUUAUUGCUGAGACGUUUGGUUUGGACCCGACUCUGAUGUACCUCACCAAGCCCACCUUCUUCUCCAGAAUAAACAGCACGACAGCCAAGACCCAACACGACGAGUACUGGCACCCGCACAUAGAUAAGGUGACUUAUGGCUCUUUUGACUACACCUCGCUCCUGUACCUGUCGGACUACGGCACUGACUUCACCGGAGGAAGAUUUAUCUUCAUGGACCAAAACGACAACCGGACAGUGGAACCACGGGCAGGCCGAGUCGCUUUCUUCUCUUCCGGGACGGAGAACCUCCACCGCGUGGAGAAGGUGACGUGGGGGACUCGCUUCGCCAUUACCGUGUCCUUCACCUGCGACCCUGCCCACGCCAUCGCCGACCCCGCCGUUCCCGGAGGCACCCACGGGUGACGGCGCUGCUCGCCGGCUUGGACAAGCCCUGCAAAAUGGGGGGAUCACGGGGGAGAGACAAGAAAGGAGGGAAGGAAGUGAGAUUUUCCUGGUAACCUUGCUGUCCUCUAGCUGCACGGUCCACAUGCAUUCGCCCUCUCUUCUGCAGAGGUGUUUUCUUAUCUCUUACUUUGUUACUGACCUUUGUGUUUUUAUCCAAUUUUCUAUCAUAAUUGCUAGAAUUAGGCAUUUUUGUUCACCACGCACAUUUCCACAAUCAGUUCCUCUUGACUGUUUGGGACCCAGCUUGAGCCUCUCGUCUGAAACUAUGUCAAACACCCUAACGUGGGCAUGUGUGUCGCGGUGUGUGUUUUUCAUUUUUAAGGAGAGAUAAACAUCUGGUGAGUCACCUACUAAAUCAAGAUUUGUUCCCAAAAUUCCCGUUCACACUCGAGCCCACCCAUGACCCAGGAGGUGUUAUCUUCUAAGAAGAACUUUCUCUGAUUGGUUGAUCUUUCUAGUAUGUUACCAUUUACUUCAAUGUGGUCGGUGAGGGUGGUUUGAAUUAAAAUACGGGAACAAUCUGAAAA